GUACGUAUGCGGAUUUUAUUUUGGACGUCCAAGAGGAAAAGGAGCGUAUGAUGAAGGAGAAAAGAUAUGAGCACUGGCAAACGCUAGUAUGGAACGACUACCAAACUGCGCUCACGUUCUCUGUUUUCAGGCCGCCGGGCAUCACCCUAAAGGCACAAACACUUCAAGACACCAUCAAACCCGAGUGUAAAAGGCAAAUAUUGCUGUAUAACGAGUCGUCGACGUAUGGAGCUCGCGGAUCUUACUACACGCAACACGGGUGGUCACGGUCAGAAGGAGGCUUGGGACAAAGGUACUUCACAUUAUGAUUUUUGUUCUUUGAUUUAUGUUUUUCAUUCGGCACUACUAUCAUUUUGUUUUCUUGUAGUUCGCUCUUGUAGAAAGAAAAAGCUCACGAUAUUGAUAGUAAUUUUGUUUCUUUGUAAUGAUUUUUAUGUCCUCAUAAAAUUCAGAAGAACACUCAUGAUCGUCAUCAUCGACACGGGAAACAUCUCUCAUCAACUCCAGCUCCGAGGACGAGCGAAAUCAAAGAGACAAGGAGCAGUUCGAGGACGAUGUAAAUAGCCUGAUAGACAACAAAAUACAACCUUUAGUGCUGGAAAGUAUUAAAGCACAGGGAUACCAGGACAAGCACAUCAGCAGGAGCGCAGACGGUAAUUGAAUAUAAUGCUACAGCUAGCGUAUAAUUGAUGUUUUACUUUAUUUUCAAAGGGCAUUCAAUUGAAUAUUCGGUGUUUCUUUGACGGCUCGGAGCAGCAACCACUACUACUAGGUGGUAAAGCUAUUUCAAACUGAAAAUAAAUAGCCCGUCUUUCUUCGGUUGUCGCGAUUCGUUCGCUUGCAUCUUCCCAGUCGGAAUCAAUGUUAAUGUUUUUUCAACCCCGCGCACCAUAGGUAUGUUGCAUUCACCUUUUUUUGGUGACGUCCAAAAGAAAAUGCAGGGUAUAAUGGAGGAGAAAAAAUAUGGGCACUGGCAAAGGCUAGUAUGGAACAGAUACCACUCUGCGCUCACGUUCUCUGCUUUCAGGGAGGGCAUCACCCUAAACGCACAAACACUUCAAGACACCAUCAAACCCGAGUGUCUGAGGCUAAUAUCGGAGACGAACGAGGCGCCGCUCGGAGUUCGCGCAUAUUACUACAAGCAACACGGGUGGUCAGGAGGAGGCUUUAACAGGUACUUCACAUUAUGAUUUUUGUUCUUUGAUUUAUGUUUUUCAUUCGGCACUACUAUUUUGUUUUCUUGUUCGCUCUUGUAGAAAGAAAAAGCUCACGAUAUUGAUAGUAAUUUUGUUUCUUUGUAAUAUUAAGUUGACUUUCUAUUAAUUGAUUUUUAUGUCCUCAUAAAAUUCAGAAGGACACUCAUGAUCGUCAUCAUCGACACGGGAAACAACUCUCAUCAACUCCAGCGUCGCUUAUCAACCCAGCAGCAGUCUCCUCGAGCAUCAUGCAACUGCAACUGUGCCCACCUCUCACGCGGCUCUUUCCAACAUGCACUUCGAGGCCAUGGCUGUCAUGCAGAUCAUGACUACUGCCUUUAUUGCCGGUUUGGCAUUGGGUUGGUGUCUGCGCCGCCGCUGCGAUCAUCGCAACCAGGCCUCCAGUGGUGCUCCGGAAUUGCCGAAGUACGGCGCCACUGCGGAGGGCCAUUGUAUGGAAGAGUGCUAG